AGUGUGGAAAUACAGUUCCCCUCUCCAGCACUGCUUUUCUUGUGGGUUGUGGAGCUUGUGCCUGACCCCAGCUCCUCCUUCGUGACCCAGGACUUAUAUGGGAUGGAAGGAAGUUGUACAGGAUCCAGUGAUGGAGAAAGAAGCUGGCUGCUUUGGUCCUCAGCCUGCAAACAUGCCCAGCCUGCAUCGUCUCCUGGUGGGGCUGGGAGUGCCUGUAGGCAGGGACCAUCCAAGCAGAGCUCUCUCCCCGUUCCAGGAGGGAGAGGAAUUCAGCAGAUCCCAGCCUGAUACCUCUCCAGGGGCUUAGAGGGCUGAUGCUGGAGCAUGGAGGGGGCUGGAGGGAGAUACGGCGCCGGGCUGGGGAUCGCAUCCCUCCUCCUGCUCGCUGCCAGCCUUACCCUCGACCCCGCACCGCAGAGCUGCGACUGCACCGAGCCCGGGGACUUCCAGGCUUUCCGGGAGGCUCCGCUCCUCGAGAGCUGCUGCCUCAACUUCACCAGCUCAAACAUCACCCACCUGGACUGGGGGGCGCUGGUGGGGGUGCGGGGGCUGCGGGAGCUCUACCUUUCCCACUGCGGCAUCACAGAUAUCGGCAACGCACAGGGAGCCCCCCCUGCCUUGGAGAUCUUGCACUUGAGUCACAAUCUGCUGGAAAGUCUCCCUGGAAGCUUUCUGGAAGACGCUCCUAAUUUGAAGGUCCUUUAUCUGGACAGCAACCAGCUCCAGGAGCUCCCCAAGUCCUUCUUGAAAGCAUCAACCCAGGUCCAGGAGGUCUACCUGGGCUUCAACGCCUUGACCUUUCUUCCUGCCAGCCUCCUGAAGCCGUCUCUGCUCCAGCUCCAGCUCUCCAACAACAGCUGGGACUGUAGCUGUGCUUUGCUCAGCAACCUGGAGGGUUGGCUCAGCCUGGCCACUGAGGUGAUCUGCCACACGCCGGAGCGGUACCAUGGUAUGGACCUACAGAGCAUCCCCCGGGAUGAGCUGUGCCGCUCGCACGGCCUCACGGCCCUCUUCAUCUGCCUGCCCCCACUCCUUAUCCUUGCCAGCGUCACCUGGUGCUUCUGCAGGCGGAAGAGAAAGACCAACUACAGCCUUCAGAGCAGGUCCCAGAGCCACCCAGACAUGGCAGAAAGGGGAAACGUGCUGGUACCUGUGGAGGCCCACCACUAUGAGCUGCCUGCCGCCCCUUCUGAGACUGAGAAGAAGGUGCUGCUUGGGAGCCAGGUCCUGCUCCAGCCCUCUGCAGACCUGCUGGAUAGUGGCAGAGACCUCUAUGAGGAGGUGGAGAUCCAGGUGGCAUGCCCUAGCAGUUCCCAGGUGCCAGCCCAUGAAGGGCAGCAGGGCACCCCAGCAUUGAGGGCAGAGGAGCUGGGGGUCAACGAGCCAGAGGUAGACACGGUCAGUGUGAGUGAAGUUCUGAAGGACUCUGCUGACCGGGAGAAGAUCUACAUGAGUCAGUCGACCAACUAUUAUAACCUGGUACCUGGCAUUGAGCUGGAGGAUUCAGACAACUUGGAGUAUGAGAACAUUGAUCUUCACUGAUGCCGGGACUCGGGCUGUGUCUGGGACACACCACGAGGACGACAGGGGCCAGGCAGUACUGAAGGCCAGCAGAGCAGAAGCACAAUCUGUCCUGUGGUGGCUUACAGUGGCUGUUUGCAAAGCUGCACCCCCAGAUUCCCAUCCCUUCCCCUUUGAUACCACAUGCACCUCUCACUUGCCCUGUGCUGCAGCUGGGCAGGGGGUGGGAGGGUGCUUUGGGCACUGGGGACCCUGCCACAGGCUGGCAGUGUUUGGGACACGUGGCCUGGCAGUACCCAAGGAAGGACACGGUGAAGACACAGGGGCUGAUUUUGGGGACCAGAUGAUGAUACUGUGUGCUCCAGACCCACUGACUAAGGCCCCCAUCCUCUCUCGCUGGAGCCAGGUGGCAUCUGGGACAAACCUGCUGCUCCCCAGCCUGCCAAGAACAAGAUCUGGGGACAUGAAAUGGGGCUGGCUCUGCCUACGUGAUCUGUAGGGGAUGUCACACAUGGACAGGGUGUCCUGUGCUUGGCAGGGGCAGUCUGGAGUGGCCCUGCCUGCUGCCCACCGCACAUACCACCGUGUGCCAUCGCAUGGCACGGGGGCUGCUGCUGCAGCACACACGCACGUGUGCAGAGACUGCAUGAAUGGGUGUGAGCAGGUGUGUGAGGUGCACACACACACAGGGAGGCACCAGAGGGGCCUCUUGCAGCCUUCCCUGCCCAAUGUGUUGCUAAGUCCUUUCUCAAUAAGAAAUAAAUCAUGUUACU